CACUACCUCAAUGUUACACUUGUCGCCUUCUUCUUUUGUUCCUGUUCUCUUACGUCUUCCUGGCCUAUUUCUGCCCAAGCAGUGGGUAUACUCCACCCUGUAUUGGUUCUGGUGAUGGCCCAAAUCGAUGUAUUCGGGGCGUCUAAUCAACGCUCCGAAGGACCCUUGAGAAAUGGGAGUCUGUCUGGUGGGGCUUUCAUGGUUUUUGUAGCGUCCUAUAUCCCUCUUCCAUAUCUUGUACAGUUGGCUAGCCACAUCAAUGAAACCAUUCCACUUCUCGUAUCGUCAUUCGCGUACACCACCGCCGUAGUCCCGGCUCGGCUCCUCGCCCAUGCUGUGAUAUUGGAGCCUUCUCGAGUCUCACCCGUUGAACAAGCCGCAAGGAACGGGAGUGCACACGCCUGCUUUUCUCGUUACUCGCGCUUCCUCGCCCCCAAGUCGGACAUGAAUGCAGUCUGCUGAUCAGUUUCACAGGGUGCUAGAGAGCCGUUAGCCCAGGCCUGGAAUCACCUGCAGUAGCCAACGUCAGUGGCGGGGACCUUGUCUCGCGCUUGAGCGGCUGAAACAUGAUUACACUCGCUCAGCAGCUCAGAUGGAAGCUCUGGUUGCGCUAUAAAAGACGACGGCACACUCAGGGAGCGGCAGUCAGAUAACGAUGUCCCACAUCCAGCGUCCCAAAACCAUACUCUCUCGCUACGGGGGGUGGCUGCCGUCUCACCCAGCCAUCCACGAGAGCUUCUUGGACCACCACGUCGGUCACGCUCGUCGCAAAGUAGCACAAGAUGCCGACCACUCUACUGCGGCUGUUCAAGCUUUCGGCGCUGCGAUCAAGGCUGAUCCCGAGAUGGUCGCUCUGUUCGAAGACAUCUUCGACCAGGCCAGCGGAGAGAACAAGAUCACGAGCUUGGACAUGCUCCUGCAUGCAUUCGACAAUGUCGUCGAGAAGCCCCCGGCGUUCCACAUCGCAGAGGAUGACGACGGCAAUGUGAUCGGAGAGCCCGUCGGGGUUCCUCUUUACGUCCUCUUCGACCUACUGGGCAACACAACCGCCGCAUACGACUUGUUCCGCAAACCUGCGUUCAAUGUCGAGCUGAAGAAGCUUUUGGAUUCCUGGGGCGAGUUCCUCACGACGCCGGCCUCUGCCAAGUGCCUGCACGACGGACCGGAGGGCUGGUUCAGCUCGGCGGCCAUUUCCAGCAUGGAAGCCGGAGGUCGCGGACGCUUCGAGGACACUUGGGUGUGCCCUGACCCCAGUCUUCCGAGCAAGGGCUACAAGUCGUGGGAUGAGUUCUUCAUUCGCAAAUACAUUCCCGGCACGCGCCCUCUGAUCCCAGCCAGCGACCCCGCUCGCCAGGACUUCAUUCUGUACAGCGCGUGCGAGUCCACGGUGUACCACAUCACCGACAACGUCAAGCGCCACGACCGCUUCUGGCUUAAGGCGCAGACCUACUCCAUCCAAAACAUGAUCAGAGAUCCGGAGAUGGCACGCGCCCAUCUCCGCACGAUCGUUCGUGCCGAUGUCAUUCCGGGCACGUACUACGCUGUCCUUCCCGACGAAGGAGCACCCGAGGACGAUCCCGACUUGAAGCCUGGGCAGCCCCACGGCGCGAUGAUCCGGUCGCAAGGCUGGUUGACCACCACCUCUUCUCGCGCGAUCAUCUACAUCCAGUCCGACAACCCAGACAUCGGACUUAUGGUGUUCAUUGGUGUUGGCAUGGCGGAGGUCUCCACCACCAGUAUCUCUGUCAACACGGGCGAUCGUGUCCAGGCAGGAGACGAGCUGGGCUGUUUCCGUUUCGGCGGCUCGUCCCACGCACUCAUCUUCGGUCCUCAGAUCGAUAUCAAGUGGGCGGACGGUGUUGAGGUUGACAAACACCAACUGGUGCACUCGGUCAUCGGCGAGAUCCAUCUCAAGAAUUAAAGUUGUACAAGUUGUAUCGGAAUAUUUGAAUGAAUGAUCCUUGCAGACACGCUCUACAACGUCAUAAAUAUGAUUUUACAGCAGUCUUUUUAUUGUGUUACGAAUUCUUCGCUUCUUCUUCUGGUAUAUAUGCGCGCUCAGUGAGUAUAGGACCGGGGAUGGUGAUACAGAAACACAUGAACUAGGUGUGCGAGGGCUCUCUGGGAGCGAUGCGUCGUACAGGACGGCAGCGGCCAGUUCGGGAGAGUACAAACACAGAUAGUGGGAUAUGGUACGUCUUGGAGAAGAUGGAAGGUUCAGAUAGGCUUGGAACAACAGCCAUUACAAUAAAAAGAGGAAGGGAAGAAAGAGAUAAGUAAAGAGUGGACUUCGCUGACAACGUUUCUGUCUCCUGCAGCCUAGUAUUCACUUGGGUGCCUUGGCGAUUUCACGUGCCGCUUUGAUAAGGGGAGCCAGAGUUCUCA